ACCCUCGUCCUUCUACCCCGUAACACCUAGCCAAGAUGUCAGGACGUCAACAGCGUGUGAUGGUUCAGCCCAUCAAUGUCAUCUUCAAAAACCUGCAACAAAGGACAAAAGUCGUGGUCUGGCUAUACGACAACAUUGAGAUGCGGAUAGAAGGCCGAAUCAUUGGUUUCGACGAGUUUAUGAACAUCGUGAUUGACGAUGCCGCCGAGGUCUACGUCAAGGAGGCAAAACCACGACGGGAACUGGGGAGGAUCAUGUUGAAGGGAGACAACAUUACGCUCAUCCAGCAGAUAGUAUAAGCGCUCCCCUUCGUCCUAUCCGUCCUCUCUUGUAAAAGUUGCUCUGUCCUGCAUAUUGUACGAUUGCUUUGAUGGCCCUCGGGAAAUUGCACGAU